CUUUAACAAGAUGAACGAAGAAGGAAAGGCUAAAAUGAUUUUGUCUGUUUUGUUUUGCCCCGAAUUUGCUAUCGACUGUAUAAAUGAAAACGAAAGUGUAGACGAAGAUGCGUAAGGAUGGUCGAACAGGAUCUUCCAAAUUGCAUAAGUGACGAAUCAUUCGAUAUAAAACUAAUUAGGAGAUUUUGCCUAAAAGAAACUUAUGGUAAGCUGUGCAAAUACAUAAAAGAUGCAGUUGAAUCACGGAAAGAAAGUUUGUGUGGAAAUUGUAAAGCAGAGUUGGUCGAACCACGCUCUUGUACAAGGUGCUUAGUCAGAUACCACGACAUUUGUUUUAAUAGCACAGAUGGAAAUAUUUGCUUUAGUUGUGAGAAAUUUUUGAAAAAACGAAAAGAGGAGAUGGAAAAAGCAAUUGAAGAAGAACAACGUGAAAAAAAAGAACUAGAAAGGUGGUUUUGUCAUUGGCGGCUGCUGUUAAGAAAAAUGGCACAUGACGGAAGUUUGAUGGAUAUUGUGCAAGAGUCAAGUGAUCCUGAUAACAAUAAAUUACUUGCGAUUUGUAAGUACGAAGGGAAAAAGUACGCCCACGCGUUGGAAGAAUUAUUCAACACAUUUCCGAAAUUCGAAAAGGAGUAUAAGUUAUAUGCCAAUGAUGAAACUGAACCAAAGGAAAAAAUUUUACAUUUUGUCCAUCACGGUUAUAAGGAGAGCUUUGACAUUGGUAAAACUACCUGUGCUAGAUUAGAACAUAUUGUUAUGCGACUCGUCAAUGCGUAUAAGUCAUGAACCGGUAACACGACUGAUGUAUUUUUAUUUUUGUUCUAAUUAACUUACUUGUGUUGGUUCAAGAACUUUCAUUUUGUAAAAAUUCAGAAAGUUUGGUAUAUGGAGAUCUUUAUCUUUAUAUACUGCAAUUUUAAUAGUACAGUUUUUAGUAGUGGUUGGUACA